AUGUCCGAGCUAGUGGAAAUUGCGCCCUCAUAUAUCACCGCCUUUGCGGCAUAUAGAUCCCCACGUCAGGGCGACGAGGAUGAGAAGGGAUUACGGUAUAGAUUUUGGGGAGUGAAAGCACAUAACUGGAGUCUAACCAAAGAGAACUGGACACCGAUGCGAAUCUUGCUUCCACCAAAGAAAGUUCCAUGUGGCUUACUGAAUGACCUUCUCACGAGUGGGCGACUUGGAAGUAUCUUGUGGUGCGAAACCAGAGCCAUCAACUGGCUGAAACUGGAAACAUAUGCGCGGUAUUCAGACAGCAGCGGGAUCGAAUGUCUGGACCCCGGGGGCGGAUCCUUGAUAUUCCAAACAUUGGGGGCUUUCAAGCAGCAUAUUCAGGAAAAGUGCCGAAGGAGCCCCUGGUUUAUUCGUGACAGGGAGCUGGUGCUGUGCCACCGCAACACACCAGCUGAGGUAAAGGCGGUCAUGAACACGAAACAGCAUUGUGUAGAUAAGAUGGUGUCUAUUAGAGAUACUAUAAAUGCUGGAUUGCGUGAUCAGUUCCGCAGGCCAGGUGAAGCAAAGAUUCAGUUCAAAGAGACCCUCACUACCCAAAUGAAGGAGCAUGGAUAUCAUGCACCGGACGAGUCACUUGGGUGUGCGUACUUGUGGUACAGCCUGGAUGACGAAUUUUUUGAGUUUGACUAUCCUGCUUACCCUGUUGAGAUAUCCAUCGACCCCGAGUGUCCUGAGGAAGAAUUCUUGGGCUGUGAUUAUACCGGGAAGAAUACUUCGAAUAUCCAGAUUAGCCUAGUAAGCCUAACACGGGACCAUGAGAACCAUAUCAUUGGUCGCUAUUCGCUGCCUACGACAACAAAUCUGGUUGUGUCUAUCAAGUCAAAGGAGAUGCAGAGUAUACCAACCAGUGGCUGCGAGUGUCAACUUGAUUGA